AUGGGAAAGCGAUACUUAGCCGACGUCCUAGAAACAAUGGGCCCACAUGUAGAUGGUCUAAAAUUCGCAGGAGGCUCUUUCUCUCUCUUCCAGGAAAAGCCCUUGCGAGAGCUGAUAGAUCUUGCCCACGACUACGGUGUUUAUGUUUCAACUGGGGGAUGGGCCGAGCAUCUUCUCACACAACCCGAUGCCAAUUCAGUCUUUGAUAAGUACCUCAAGAAAUGCAAGGAUCUCGGAUUCGAUGUUAUUGAACUCUCAUCUGGUUUCCUAUCGUUCCCAGAAGAUGACUGGCUUCGCCUGGUUGACAAAGUCCACGCGUACAAGCUGAAGGCAAAGCCAGAGCUCGGCAUUCAGUUUGGUGCUGGCGGUGAUACACCUGCUUCUGGCCUUGAGGCUAUUGGAACUUCCGACCCGGGCAAGCUCGUUAACAUGGGCCGUAAAUUCCUCGACGCGGGUGUCGAACGCUUGAUGAUCGAAUCUGAGGGCAUAACAGAAAAUGUGCAGUCAUGGCGGACUGACGUCGUGUCCAAAAUAAUGAAGGAAUUGCCGUCUGAGCGGGUCAUGUUCGAGGCGGCAGAUCCCAAGGUUUUCAACUGGUAUAUCAGGGAGUUUGGCAUCUAUGUCAAUUUGUUCGUCGACCAUAGUCAGAUUGUUCAACUGUCAUGCCUGCGACAGGGCAUUUGGGGCACAGCUGACACUUGGGGCAAAGUGCCAUGCCUAGGGCUAGUACAGCUCCUGGCGCACGACUUCGAUGCCGGAGAGCUUGCGACAGCUCGUCGCAAGGAAGCGGAAUGUAACUUCUCAGAUAAACCGGCCCGCUUACUGAAGCCCAAUGCCCCUAAGGAGACUAUGCUUCUUAGCGAGCACUUGGUGCCGACUCCGCAGAGGCAAACGGCCAUGGAUCGCUUACUGAACGCCCUCGAGGAUCAUAGCGCAGACUUGGAGCAACAAACAACGGAUGACAAGGAUGGGACGGCGCCUGUGCCCAAGGUCGCCAGGCUGCUUCGUGAUGGGCAAGGAAAAUUCAUGUAUAUUGGCGACUCUGCGAGCUUGUCGUUCCUGCAAAGUGUACGUCGUAUCGUCUCUUUGUCAAUCGGGCGAUGCGAGUUCACAGAGGAUACGUCACGGCACUCCAUGCUUGAGGCUUUUCAGAGUAGUUCUGCUACCCAAACAGGACCGUUAUCUGCGCCACCGAGUAACGACGAGGCGCAACGACUCGCUCGUCAAUAUGUCCUUGCUACCAGUCCACUACUGGAUCUAUUCGAUCUCGAGGAGUUCUAUCCGCGGCUCGCCAACUGGGUUGGGAAUCCGACUGGCGAUGAAGAUACUGUCAGCUCGAUCUUCUACCUUGUUCUCGCCAUCGGAGUUCAGGUUUCGGAGAUCAAUCAAGAUCUCGCCGAACAGUACUUCGUCAGUGGCCGCCAGCUAGCAUUCUCCGCUUUCACCGAAACCCCCAGCCUCUACACGAUCCAAUCUUAUGUCUUGAUCUCAAUGUAUAUGCUUGGUGCGUGUCGUCGCAAUGGCGCCUUCAUGAACCUGGGAAUCGCCUUACGGGCCGCAUAUGCCGUUGGCAUUCAUCGAAGGGAUGCGAAUGCUCUAUUCUGCACUCGGGAGCGUCGGGCCCGGGAGCGAGUUUGGAAAAGCUUACGGAUGAUGGACCUGUUCCUCAGCGCUUCCUUAGGACGUCCUCCGGCGACCUCGGAUUUUGAUUAUGAUAUACGAGAUCAGGCGACAAUUGCAGGGGAGCAACAGCGACCCCAACCUGAAGCGCAGUUAUCUCUAUGCGUGGUUGCAUUAUGCCGUAUCUUUGAUCGCAUCCUGACGGAAGUCUACAUGAGACAAGUCGUCUCGAUCAAUGUUGCGGAAACGAUCUCGAAUCAGCACCGCGCUUGGGUCCGGAACCUGCCAAUCUUUCUCAGUGUCCAGACGGAGCGGUUGAGUUCAAAAAAUCUUGAGAGUAUGCUGGCUGCGGCGCAUGUAUUCGGCGCAUAUUACUGGUCAAUCAUCCUGUUAACUCGGCCGUUCUUCAUAUUUCGUGUGUCUCAAUACGUGAGAAGUAAGUGUGAUUCGGCUACCAGCUCCAACGAUGCGAGAGCCAGCGCCUCUCGCAUCGCUCUUUUCUCUGACGCUUGUGUAUACUCUGCUCUACGCUGUCUCAACAUUGUGGACGGCCUGUCUCGGUUUGAAGCUCUACCUCGGAGACUACCUUUUCUGAUCAAUUCAGUAUUCAACUCGGCCGUCGUGUUGGGAGCCGCGUUCUUUGCUGACUAUGACAAUCUUCUCCCGCUCGAGGAAGGCAUGGACAAGUCCGAAAAGUUCCUGGGACUAUUUGUACCGCAUGAUCCGCAUGCCUGUCGUUUUUACCAGAUUAUCAAAUACCUGCGAGGCGCGGUGGCCGAAUACGUUCGCCGUCGAAACCGUCAAUGGAUGGAACGCCGCAGCAAACAGGUCGACCAGCUGUUUGGCCAAGUAGGGCUUACAAGCGAACCAUCAGCCUCCAACGACAACGUGGCUAUAAGCCACAGUGGCGAGCAGUCGGCCCCUUCUCCCUUAUCUCCCGAAAAGCUCGCUACAGGCUCGCUUUCUGCGCAAGGGCCGGAACCCACGGCCUCCACAGGUCAAUCGGAGAAUGACAUUUGGAAUACCCUGUGUGGUCCUGAGGGAGCGGCUGCGCUGCCGUACGAUAGUACUAUAUCUACCCUGACAACAACGGGAAUACCCAUUGGUUGUUCACCGGGAGGAACCCUCACAGCCGCUCAGCUGGGAAUGGGAACAGAUGCCGGGGGCCAAACACCCUUGUCGGAUGUAAUAUUCUCGGAGAACGGACUUCUCUACAUGGCCGAAGAUCUCUCCGUUUUUGGUCUCUGGGGAGAGACUUGA